GCAAGGAUAUUGUCAUUCGAUGUGAAGGUCUAAAGAUCUGACUUGGCUUGACUCCGCUCAGCCCUCCGCAGACACCAGGUGGCGUUGUCAGCAGCUUGCUGUCUCCUCUGUCAUGGCUUUCCUCUGCAGAAGUGCUGCUUCGCUCCUGAAGUCCUCCAGAGCAGCUCCGGGCCUGCUGUCCGCUGCCCGUCUCUACAGCUCAGGUGGUCAGUAUGAGUACAUUUUGGUUGAAAAGCGAGGUGAAAAGAACAAUGUGGGCUUCAUCCAGUUAAACCGACCCAAGGCUCUGAACGCUUUGUGUGACGGGCUGAUGAGGGAGGUGGGACAGGCCCUGGAUAACUUUGAAGUUGACAGCGACGUCGGCGCUAUCGUCAUCACUGGGAGUGACAGAGCCUUUGCUGCGGGAGCGGACAUUAAAGAAAUGCAGAAUCGAACUUUCCAGGAGUGUUAUGGUGGAAACUUCCUGGCUCACUGGAACAGAGUGUCCACAGUGAAGAAGCCUGUGAUUGCAGCUGUCAAUGGAUUUGCUCUGGGUGGAGGCUGUGAGCUGGCCAUGAUGUGUGACAUCAUCUACGCCGGAGAAAAGGCGCAGUUUGGCCAACCUGAGAUCCUGUUGGGGACCAUUCCUGGGGCGGGUGGCACCCAGCGACUGACCCGUGCGGUUGGCAAAUCCCUGGCGAUGGAAAUGGUUCUUACAGGAGACAGAAUUAAUGCGCAAGACGCCAAGCAAUCAGGUUUGGUUAGUAAAAUUUAUCCGGUGGAUCAGUUGGUGUCUGAAGCUGUAAAAUGUGGAGAGAAAAUUGCUGCCAACUCCAAACUGGUCUCUGCUAUGGCUAAAGAGGCUGUUAAUGCAGCUUUUGAACUGACUUUGGCUGAGGGUAAUCGUUUGGAAAAGCGCUUAUUCCACUCUACCUUUGCUACAAAUGAUCGUAAAGAAGGCAUGACAGCCUUUGUGGAGAAGAGAAAGGCCAGUUUCCAGGACAGUUAG